ACAGAAACUAUCUGAACUAUUUAGAGAGAGAGAGAGAGAGAGAGAGAGAGAGAGAGAGAAUGUGUGCGUGUGUGAUUUGAUUUCAGUGGAUCAUGGAGCUGCGCUCUGACCGCGGUGUGUCGGAGUCUCCUGGCCGCACAGACGCGCUUCUCACACGGCUACUUCUGCUCCGAAGCGCCGCUGAACGGAACUAAAGCUGGAGGAUCGGAUCGGUACCGAUGGCUGAUCCUCUGCGGAGGACAAUUCUAGCCAAACUCAGGGGCAAGAAACCCAAAGGGAAAGACGCGAUCAACGCGAACCGGGCGAGAGAAGGUAAAGAAAAAGUUUUUCAAACGCAGACAGACAGAGAUUAUUUAUCACAUGAGAUGAGGGGUGAGGGGAUCCGGACGGCCGGUCUCGGCUGUAGCGCGGUUCCCCGCUGCGCGGUGGCAGCGGCCGUGCGUGUCACCGGCGGCCGGGCGGACGCGCACAGGAGCGGGGGCUCAGGGCCCGGGGGUCCCGCUGGGGUCUCGGAUCAAAGCGAACGGAAGCGCUUCCACACGAUCGGAGACUCGAUAGGCUUCGGCGGCUGCGAUUUAAAACCCAAAAGAGAGGCUUUAAAACCAACAGAUGGUCCAGAUCUAAAGAAUAAAGAGACAAAUGUUACAUUACCCGAGCAAAAGGCCGGGAAAAUCACCAGGGGCGACUUUGAACGUCACGUCAGGAGCCCAAAACCCAGCGAAGCCCCUCACGUGUUUGAUUAUAUAGACGGAAAUAUUGACGAAACCGAUUUAAUUCAGGUUAUAGAGAGCUCACUGGAAUAUUAUCACGGAGAUUUUAGGAUGCCUGCAUUGCAAAGUCCAACUUUUUUCCCCACUGAGCUGGAAAUAAUAACAGCGGCCCCCGGGCUGAGAGACGGGGCCCCUCGACACCACUCGGUCGACAGCGAGGACGACGAUUAUUAUGAUAACCAAAUUCUGCCCUUUUAUGAGUCUUGCGCUCAAAAACACUGUUCGGAGCAAAUAUCGGAGUCAGGGUCUGCACAGGAGACGGACAGACUGAAGUCGCAACUAAAAGAGGCGUAUUAUUUGCUGUUAAACACGAUGCACAACAUCAGUUUCGACGGUCAGGUCGAAGAUAACGGAUUCGCGGAGGCCAGUAGCUCUAGUCAGUCUCACGACAGCGUUAGCUCGCAGUCCACCGACAAACGCACAGGGAGCGACGCGUGUUUGUCCGAGGAGCGCAGCGCUCAGUCCGAUUCGGCUUUCUUUGCGUUUCGCGGCCGAUGCGGGGGGUCGGGAUUUUCCGGGUCUUCGCAGAGCAGAAGCUUGCAGAAUAUUCUGCCGACAGCAAGCAAAUCGACGCUCCAGCGGUCGGUGAGCGACAGCAGGGUCAAGUACUCGUCGUGCACCUGCGAGGAACCUGCGUCGGUCCACGCCGCGCGACUCGCUCGUGCCGCGAACCCUACGGAGAUCCUCCCGACGCCUGUCCGGUCCUGCGGCGACGCGGCGGUGCCCAAACACCCCGGAGUCACCGUCAACAAGAUGCAGGAGUGGAUGCAGAAAGGUCGCGUGCUCUCCUCCGAGAUGAAGCAGAGGAUCGCCGGCUCCUCGUCGAGAGCCAAUCACGGCGGCCGGGUGAGGAAAGCAGCGCCGAUGGAGUGUGUCGCCGGCUCGUCUGGCGUACAUCAGCGAGAACUCUUCGCACGUCAGGCCCCGUUCAACCACAUCACCGUCUCCAAAAAACGCAACUGGCUCCAGCAGAGCGCCGCUUGGCCGUUCCCUCACGCCGAGGACGUCACAGCGCCCCCUGCAGCGGAGGAGGAUCACGCAGAAGCGCCGGCGCGUCCUCGCCGCCUCCCGCUGCCCGCCGCCGGCCUCAAACCCGGUCGAGUUUCGCCCCGCCGAGCCGACCCGGCCGAGGAGAACGACGCCGACGACGAAGGGGAGAUUUGGUACAACCCCAUUCCGGAGGAUGACGAGGCCGACUGCGUUCCCGCCAUCAGGGUGUCACGAACGAGUCCGGUGAGCGACGGCGACGGGGCCGUCUCGCAUCCCAGCGAAAGACAGAUGCUCACGUGCAAGACGCAGGAGGAGAACCUCGCCGUCAGAGCGACAGAUCCUUCAGAGCAGUCCACUGGUGGACUUUCUCCUUCUUCUAGUCCAAACCCAGCUAAAAGGAGUACAUCUAUCAACUGGUCUUUUCCCGAUAAAAUCAAGUCACCACGGACUGUCCGAAAACUUUCUAUGAAGAUGAAGAAACUGCCUGAUCUUAGUCGGAAGCUUAGCGUUAAAGGGAACCCUCCCAGCAAUGUGCCCAUCAGCAACAGCCAAUCAGAACCCAGGGCUCACUCACCUAGAGCCAAUGGGAUGGCAGAGCUGGGCCAGUCCCAGCCCAGACUGUCACCGUCAGGUGUGACGACUGCAUUGGCGAGUGGGAAUGUGAUUUGGCGGUACCAUCUGGACAGCAGUGUUUCUACUCAGCACAACUUUGAUAAGAGAAGGAGCAACAGCGCCGGCAUUCCCAAAUCGGCCAGUAAGGGAGGUUACCUAAGUGACGGAGACUCUCCUGAACUUGUGGCCAAGUCGGGCAAGCACGGCAACUCGGAAAGAAAGAACGGUAAACCCCGAGACAGGGAUCCCAAUGGGAAUGGUGGAAGUCCAAAGCUUCCUGGCACAGAGCUGGAUAUCGAUGCCUUCCGUUCGUACAGUUUCUCCGAGCAGCCAAAGUGCCUAACGUACAUCUCGGGACUAAUGAGUCUGCACUUCUAUGGUGCGGAGGACCUGAAGCCACCACGGGUUGAUUCCCGCAACAUCUACUGUGCCAUCCAGGUGGACUCUGUCAACAAAGCUCGUACGGCCUUGCUGACCUGUCGCACAGCCUUUCUGGACAUGGACCACACCUUUAACAUCGAGUUGGAGAACGCUCAGCACCUCAAACUUGUCGUCUUCAGUUGGGAAUCCACGCCACGACGGAACCGGGUGUGCUGCCAUGGAACCGUGGUUCUCCCAGCCUUGUUUCGUGUGAGUAAGACACACCAGCUUGCGGUCCGCCUGGAACCGCGUGGGAUGAUCUACGUGAAGCUGAGUCUCAUGGAGCAGAGGCAGAACUCUCUUGAUGGCCCAGCGGGGGAUCACGAAACGCAGGUGUUCGGCGUAGAGGCUCGGCGCGUGGUGGAACGGGAAGCAUCUGGAUUGAUGGUUCCACUGCUCAUCGAGAAGUGCAUCUCUGAGAUCGAGAGGAGGGGUUGUCAGGUGGUGGGUCUGUAUCGUCUCUGCGGUUCGGCUGCGGUGAAGAAGGAGCUGCGGGAAGCGUUCGAGAGGGACAGUCACGCCGUCGAGCUCUCCGAGAACAACUACCCCGAUAUCAACGUCAUCACAGGCGUGCUGAAGGACUACCUGCGGGAGCUUCCUCAUCCUCUGAUCACGAAGCAGCUGUACGAGUGUGUUCUGGACUCCAUGGCGAAGAGGCCGCUGCAGAUGGGAAGCGGCGGCUGCGAGAACGAGGCGUCCGACACGGACCACGCCGUCAGCCUGCUGGAGAUUCUGCCGGACGUCGAGAAGGUGACCCUGCGGAAGCUCCUGGAUCACCUGAAGCGCGUGGCGUCCCAUCACGAGGUCAAUAAGAUGACCUGUCAGAACCUGGCGGUGUGUUUCGGUCCGGUUCUACUCAGCCAGAGGCAGGAGGCGUCGUGUCACGGGAACCGGGUCUUCAUCGACUCGGAGGAGCUGGCCAGCGCUCUGCACUUCAAGAAACACAUCGAGGUCCUUCAUUACCUGCUCCAGCUCUGGCCAGUUGUGGACGCUCAGGGUAAAUCUUCAUCUCCGGUUCCUGCCCCGAUGGAGUCGCUCCCAGUGGUGACGGCUGCCGUUAGGAGGAGGAAAGAGCGUCCACAGGUAUUGAAUCUAACUGAGGCGGAUAUGGCGGGAGUUUUGCGACCCAGAGCUGGCCGUCUGGACAGUCCCAGUAACCGCUACGCCGGGGACUGGAGCGGAUGCCGGGAAACGUACCUCCAACCGAGCUGCCCGGAGGAGGCUGACUAUGACGACGUUCCCAGCGAAGAGCCUCUGAACGUGGUACAGGAGGAUUUACCGAAGGGUACUGAAGAUGUCGUCCCUGAACAAGAGUUGUCUGAGGUGGAUGAGGCUACGGAGAGGGUUGAGGAAAUGCAGAUAGAGGAGGAAGAGGAAGUGAGUGAGGAAGAGGAUUUGGACAGGCUACAAGUAGAGGAACCUCUGCCUAUCAGCCCCUGCGAUCAGAUCCUCCCCGAUUACGGGGAGCACCGACCCAAAGAGCACACCUACCAGGCCUACAUGAAGAUCCAGGAGAUCAGCCCAGUACUAAGCAACAGGGUCAACCUACGGGAUUUGCAGGAGAGCAUCGACACGCUCAUUGGCAACCUGGAGAGGGAGCUCAACAAGAACAAGCUCAACGUAGGGUAUUGACUCUUUACCUGAACAGUGGAAAUGUGGUGGUGAUUCCCUAGAGACUUAAGCGCUAUGGAACGUUCAAGAAGACAUUCCUCACUUCUGAUUUGUGUUUUUGUUUGUCUCCUGGUCUCCAUGUUGUUGAUCUCAUCAUUGUUUUUCUUCUUAUGAGAAGAACUCAUUGAACCCUGAGGGGUGCGCCAGGUGCCUUCAUUGUGUCAAGGUGGUGCUUACGACAGCUAGAGCUUUUUACUUUCUACGGAGGUACAAAACAUUACGAUGAAAACCAAUGCACUUAUGGGGCCUGCUGAUAGAGGCACGGCUAGUUCAGGUACAGGUGUGAAGCCUUACGGUUGGGAGAACUAGGUACUACAGAUACAUCCCAGAUCCUAAACCGGGGGAACUCAAUCCUGCUCAUGGAGAUCCAGCUUCCUGUUGACUUCAGUUCCAACCCUCCAAACACACUUGAACCAGCUAAUCAAGGUAUUGGGGAUCACCUAAAGCGGUAGAUCACCAGGAGCAGGAUAGAGUGCCCAACUUUUAACUCAACAAUCCUGAACUCUACAUCAGGGGUCUCAAAUGCAAAUUGCCUAGUGAGGUGGUGUUAGCCAGUUGUUUGAGAUCCCUGCACCCUAAUCCCUCAACUCUGUCAUAUGUCAUAUCCUGACCCUACCCUGAUCUAGAGGUGUUCAGUCCUGCUCCUGGAGAUCUUGCUUCCUGUACACUUAAGUUCCAACCCUCCAAACUCACUUUAACCAGCUAUUUGGGUCACCUUAAGAAGUAGAUCACCAGGAGCAGGAUUGAGAACCCUACCCUAACCCCAACCGCCAUGACCCUGAACCCUUCACCAGGGGACUCAAAUGCAAAUUACCUAGUGAGGUGAUGUUAGCCAGUUGUUUGAGGUCCCUGCACCCUAAUCCCUCAACUCUGAAUGUCAUAUCCUAACCCUACCCUGAUCUAGAGGUGUUCAGUUCUGCUCCUGGAGAUCUUGCUUCCUGUAGACUUAAAUUCCAACCCUCCGAACUCACUUUAACCAGCUAGUUGGGGAUCACUUAAAGAGGUAGAUCACCAGGAGCAGGAUAGAGCGCCAAAACCUUAAUUCAUUGAUCCUGAACUCUACAUCAGGGGUCUCAAACACAAAUUACCUAGUGAGGUGGUAUCAGCCAGUUGUUUGAGAUCCCUGCACCCUAAUCCCUCAACUCUGAAUGUCAUAUCCUAACCCUACCCUGAUCUAGAGGUGUUCAGUUCUGCUCCUGGAGAUCUUGCUUCCUGUAGACUUAAAUUCCAACCCUCCGAACUCACUUUAACCAGCUAGUUGGGGAUCACUUAAAGAGGUAGAUCACCAGGAGCAGGAUAGAGCGCCAAAACCUUAAUUCAUUGAUCCUGAACUCUACAUCAGGGGUCUCAAACACAAAUUACCUAGUGAGGUGGUAUCAGCCAGUUGUUUGAGAUCCCUGCACCCUAAUCCCUCAACUCUGAAUGUCAUAUCCUUACCUUACCCUGAUCAAGAGGUGUUCGGUCCUGCUCCUGGAGAUCUUGCUUCCUGUACACUUAAAUUCCAACCCUCCAAACUGACUUUAACCAGUUAAUUGGGUCAUUUAAAGAGGUAGAUCACCAGGAGCAUGAUUGAGAACCCUACCCUAACCCCAACCCCCAUGACCCUGAACCCUUCACCAGGGGUCUUGAAUGCAAAUUACCUACUGAGGUGGUGUUAGCUAGUAGUUUGAGAUCCCUGCACCUUACUUUCUAAACUCUGAAUGUUAUAUCCUAACCCUAUCCUAAUCCUCGUACCCUAAACCAGGGGUGUCCAGUCCUGCUCCUGGAAGGCCACCUUCAGCUCCAGCUCCAAUUAAAUGCACCUGAUUCUAAUCAAGGUCUUUAACUACUAUCUUUUAACUUUCAUGCAGGUGUUUUAGAGAUAAACUUUGCUAGAAGGUGGCUCUCCAAAAACGGUAUCAGACACUCAACACCCUUUCCAUUCAGGGAGCGACUAACGCUGCUAGGUCUAGUUAAGGAUGCAGUCGCCUGAGAUUGAGUUUUUUUCCUUGCAAAAAUACUUAAACAUCCCCCUAAACAAGCUAUGGACAGCAGAAUAUGCUUGUAGUAAAUAGUAAAUUGAAUAUUUAAUAAUAGUUAGGCAGAACUUUAAUGCAAGUUUCUUAAGAAGAUGAAAUUUUAAAAAGUAACUUAAAAUUGCUGAUGUUUAUUUUGCUUUCAAAGGGCGCCCCCUAAACACAAAAUUUCACUUGAAAUUAAAAGAGCAAUCUAAAUGGCCUGUGAUAAUUAUGGUAACAUGAUAACACCAUGACAACAGUCCCCCUUUUGAUCAUUAUAUUUGUAAAAGCGUCAUUCUCAGCAGUCCAGGGAUACAAACUCAUCAGUAUUUGACAGACACGUGUAUGUAUGUAGGAAUAUAGUUGGAAUAUGUAUUUUCGAUGACGUACACUUCAAUUUGUGCAUAUUUAAAUGUUCGUCAGCUACCUUGUAGUAUUUGGCCUGUAGAUCAGCCUUAAAUAAAUAUAUAUAUAUAUUUUGUUGGAUCUAUGUAAUGAUAUAACCCACAGUCACAGAAUGAGGGUGGAUUUUGGGUAUUUUGUGGUCACGAAAGUGCAGGAAAUUUGAGCAUUGCAUGGUCAAAAGCUUUACGGUCAAAAAUAAAGUGUUUCUCAGUGUAUCCUACAGCGGGAUGUAUUUAUGCGUGUAGAUAGAGAUUAUUUUAAUUACAGUGAAAUUCUGUGUUUUUUUCCAUUUGGCAGCUGCUCACGUAAAUUUGCAGUUCUUGUAAAUUCAAGACUGAAUCUAUACACGGGCUGUUCAUUUUCUGAUUGUGCUUCUCACCUGACAAUGGUCUCCACAGUCUGCUUGAAGAUCUUAUUUUAAAAGAUAAAAAUAAAGGAUUUGUUACACAGAAAAUGGAAAUAAAUGAAAUAAUUUGAGUUAUAAUUGGUCUGUUUCCUCUCAGUAAGUUGGUCACACUAGAUUUUAAGAAUGCAAAAGUAUGGAAAAAAAAAUGUGCAUACUAAAUAUUUUAAAUAUCAUCUCUUGCAUUUGGACUUCUCAGUUGGAACACAUUCAGAAUAAUAAUAAUGCUAAAUUCAGUAUGCAUGCUUUUAAAUGUGUAUUGAAUCAAAUCUAGUGUGGCCGCACCUUUAGAGUGUUUAAUCUGGUUUCCUGAAGCCUGAUUUGGGAUCAGAUUCCAUGUCAGGGACAUUGACUGAUCCAUGGUCAGCAAGAAGGAAACUUGAGAGCUGCUUUGAUAAAACAUUCCUGUUUUUCUCCUCUGUUUUUGCUGCGAUUUUGUAAAAGUUUGGUUGUGCUAAUAUGAACGUACGACUAAAGCAGAUAUUAUUUGUACUGAUAUUGAGAAGUAUAUGAUCAUAUUAAAGUUUGUUUCAUGCA